UUUCAGAAAGAUGGUUGGGUGUAGUUUGAUGACGGCUCUGGUGACGGUCAUACAGUUAUCGUUAUUUGCACACGUCGAGAAUGUUGCUGCUAACACAAACUCACGGAAAGUAAAGAAGCACGAGAAGUUUGUUCCGUUGGUCGCAUUUGAGUGUGGUUUCCGAAACAGAUUCAUGGGUGAAGAUGGAGCAUGGAUGAGCGAUCCAAGUACUCUUGCAACAUGUCUCAGUGGAAAGCUCGAUAUCUUAAAAUAUUGCCGAAAAUCAUAUCCGAAAUUGGACGUCACGAAUAUAGUGGAGUAUUCACAUGAAGUAGAAAUUCCUGGGUGGUGCCAUGAGCAAGGCUCACCAUGUAAAUGGACGCAUACUGUGAGGCCGUACCAAUGCAUUAUUGGCGAGUUCCACUCGGAAGCACUUCAAGUACCACACGGUUGCCGAUUUGGCCAUAUCAAUGAUCGUCAAUCAUGCAAUGAUUAUGCGCACUGGAAGGAUGCUGCGUACAAACAAUGUAAAACUAAAGUUGUUAAUGAUAAGCGAAUGGCAGUGCGUUCAUUUGCAGUUCUUGAACCUUGUGGGUUAGAUCUUUUCACUGGUGUUGAAUUCGUUUGCUGUCCAGGGGAUAAUAAAACCGAAGAAUCAAAGAAAAAGGAAGUAGAAGAGGACGAAACUGAGGACGAUGAUGAUGAUGACUAUGAUGAUGAUGAUGAUGAUGAUGAUGAUGAUGAUGAUGAUGAUGAUGAUAAUGACAAUGAUGAUGAUGAUGGUGAAUAUACCGAGGAUCCCGAUGGUGAUGGCGAAAAGGAUUUUUUGGCCAAAAACGUUUUACAAGAUCCAUAUUUCAAGAUGUCCGAUCCUGUCAAUGAGCAUGAACGUUUCAAGGAAGCGCAACAACGCGUGGAAAAACGUCAUCGCGCUAAAAUUAAUAAGGUCAUGCGUGAAUGGUCCGAUCUUGAAGCGCGUUACAAGAAAAUGAAAAAGACGGAUGAAAAGGGUGCUGAAGCAUUCAAGAAGGAAAUGACUUCUCGAUUCCAAAAGACGGUUGCUUCACUGGAGGAAGAGAAUAAGGAACAGAAAAAGCAACUUGAGGACGUUCAUGAAGAACGAGUGCAAGCGCAUCUUAAUGAAAAGAAGAGACAGGCAACUCAUGAUUACCGUGCGGCUUUGGCUGUGCAAGUGGGUGCACCGAAUAAACAUAAUGUACUCAAAACACUUAAGACGUAUAUUCGCGCUGAAGAAAAAGAUCGAACACAUAUGAUUAACCGCUUCCGACAUUUGCUUCGUACGGAUCGAGACGAAGCAGAAAUAUACGAACCAAUAUUAAUUCAUCAGUUACGUUAUAUUGACCUUCGCAUAAAUGGCACGCUUGCAAUGCUUCGAGACUUCCCCGAGCUUGAACGACAAGUUCAACCGAUUGCUAUUGAAUUUUGGACAGAUUAUCGUAGAGAGAACACACCGGAAGUUGCGGGUGAUGAAUAUACACUAAUUGGCGGAGACGAACAGAAUGUAAGACUUGUACAUUACUAUAAGGUGAGUACUUAUAUCGUCCGAUUAGUACUGCUGCCAAUCAGUACUGCUACAAUCAGUUUGAAAAUUAAUGGUAAUUUGCUAAUAGUUUAG